ACUCCUCUUGGGAUUUUGGAUGUCGCCGUUUGAGCACUCUCGACCGAGCUCAUCUCUGCUCUCCAAGCGGCACCAAUUAAGGCGGGCUUGAGACGGGCAAGUUGUGACAGAAUCGGACGACACACCAAGGCGAAAGGGGAAAAGGACGACAACGGCGGAGGGAGGAGGAGGGGGCUGCGGGUGCAGCAGACACAAGGAGAGGCAGACCUACAUGGUCAAGGAGUUGCCUAAGUGACUGCAGGUGGAAGUAAAUGAGGAAGAAGACGCAUGAUGUUGCUGCUACGUAGCUCACCCAGCAAGAUCUGUGGGCUUCCCAGCUGUGCAUCACCUGUGAUGCCAUGAUCCAGUUGUGACUGUGGGUAAUGCAGAGCCAAAUAACCAAUCCUGGAGAUGCCGAAGAGAAGAGAUAUUCUUGCCAUCGUGUUGAUCGUGCUACCCUGGACUCUGCUAAUCACAGUUUGGCACCAAAGCGCGAUCGCUCCGCUCCUCGCCAUCCACAAGGCAUGUCACCACCUAGUAAAAGAGAUCUUUAUCAUUCCAGAGAGGCUUGCGGUUCGCCACCGACUCUCAGAUGACGGUGUUGAAGGCAAGAGGGAGGCGGCUGGCCAAGCGGGAGACUCCAAGGAAUACUGCGCCUCAGAUAAGGACAUCGUGGAGGUGGUGAGGACUGAGUAUGUGUACACGCGGCCGCCGCCGUGGUCUGAUGUGCUGCCCACCAUCCACAUCAUCACGCCCACGUACAGUCGACCUGUACAAAAGGCCGAGCUGACGCGGCUGGCCAACACCUUCCUCCACAUUCCCAAUCUGCACUGGAUCCUGGUGGAGGAUUCCCAAAGGAGGACGCCUCUCGUCACGCGCCUCCUCCGAGAAACGGGCCUCAACUACACCCACCUAAAUGUCGAGACGCCCAGGAACUAUAAGCUGCGCGGGGACACAAGGGACCCUAGAAUCCCCCGGGGGACCAUGCAGAGGAAUCUGGCACUCCGCUGGCUGAGGGAGACCUUCAACGUAAAUAGCACUCAAGCUGGAAUAGUCUACUUUGCUGAUGACGACAACACUUACAGUCUGGAGCUGUUUGAGGAGAUGCGAUCAACUCAGAAAGUUUCCGUGUGGCCUGUGGCCUUUGUGGGCGGCCUGCGCUACGAGUCCCCCAAGGUCAACGCGGCCGGGAAAGUAUACGGGUGGAAGACAGUGUUCGACCCCCAUCGGCCCUUUGCCAUCGACAUGGCCGGCUUUGCCAUCAACCUGAGGCUCAUCCUCUUCAAGCCUCAGGCGUACUUCAAGCUUCGCGGGGUGAAGGGAGGCUACCAGGAGAGUAGUUUGCUGCGGGAACUUGUCACACUCAACGACCUGGAACCCAAAGCAGCCAAUUGCACUAAGAUACUUGUUUGGCACACGAGAACAGAGAAGCCUGUCCUCGUAAACGAAGGGAAAAAUGGAUUCACAGACCCAAAUGUGGAGAUUUAACCAUGUCUCUCUCCCGGCGUUUGUCUUCGGAGUCCUGAACAAGCAUUGAUGAAGAUGGCCUUUGAGGUCCGUGUUAUGGGUGUGACGUUUUCCAAGAAAUGGACAAAGCCGCGCUAAUGUAUUAUAUCAAAGCACAGAUUGGGGAGAGGUGGCUUUUAUUUAUGAGGUAUGUGAAAGAGACAUCGUCAAGGACGCUUCAGCAGACAGUGUAGGUGUCUCAUUGAUGACAACCUGCCAAAAAAGACAGCACAAUUUCAACUAAGUCAGGUUCUAGAAAAUAUAAACCUUCAUUGGAAGAAAUUGAAAACGUGAGUGAUUCAUCCACAAAGGAAGGACGAUGACAUUAUAUGGACUAUUUGUCUUUUGGAUUUUACUCCAAACAAAACACUGGAAGGGAAGGAAUGUUCUUUUGAUAACAAUGUAAUGUUUCCUUUAAUUUAAUUUAAUUCGUUUAGGUGUUGAAAAAAAAACUACUGACCCAUACAUUUACAUUUACUCCUGGGUUAUCAUAAUCCAUGCAUUUUAGUCGUACACUUGAAGAUGAUGCAGUUGGAAAUGUACAUUUAAAAAAAACACAUUGCACCUUUUACUCAGCACUUAAAAUACAUUGAUGGUAUUUCUUUGUUAUAAUGUGUGUAAAUAAAAAUCCUUCAUGGGAGCAAUCGGGAAUUGGUUAAAAUGUAUGGUAAGUACUGUAUUUAUGUUGCUCCAUUCCGGAAAAUAAUAGCACAGUCAAGGUUUUGGUCAGAGGUGCAAUUUGUGUGGAAAAAUCAAAGCGAAAAGCCCAUCUGGGUCAUUUUUAUUGACAUAAAGGAUUCCACUUCUCGAUGCCUAGCAAUGUAUAAACACACCGAAACGCAAUCUCACCAGAAGCAGCAAAUUAAGGACGGACAUGUCUAAUUAAUAAAUCCAUCAACAAGUUCUGUGGAA